ACAGGGUUGUGUUUGGUUAAAACUACUCCUGCGCAGGAUGGGUGGGGUGAAGGCAUGUGUGUCUGAGUAGACGAGGUGAAGCCUCCUGUUGGGAUUCAUGCUCAGGCAAAGAGCGGGCUUGAAUGGAAUCCUCUAGCUGUGACUCUGGACUGUAAAGCAAGGGAUUUCUGACUCCACGGACCAAUCUGCGAGAAUAAAAUGGAGACAAAUAGUGACACCACCAAAAUCCUUGAGAAGGGUCCCGAAUACCUUCGGAAGCAAAUGGAACUGGAGAGCGAGGCGAAAGGACACAUGAGUGCUGUGAUGAGACUCGCCGCGAGUAAACCAAAGUACGUCAAAAGUCAGCAAGUGGUCAACUCCCACCAGGAGCCCGCGAUCAGUAUCGGUUCAGCAUCUGUGAGUAGCACCGGGUCUUCCAACCGAAGCUCAACGCGUAGCGGGAAUCUUGUCCCUGGCAGUAACCCGUCUCUGCAUAAAGGUGUUGCAGAGCUCUCUUUACCGGUGCAACUACUGCGAUCCAGCACUAAAAAAAGACGUGACUCCCUUCUGCUUUACAGGCAGAAGUGUGACUUACUCCGAGGGUCAGGAGUCAGUGAGCAGAGGCGGCACAUAACUAGACAGCUGCCACUCAGUUCUGCGAAUAGGCCUGUUCGAUUGCUUAAAGCUGCUGACAGGGAAUGUGUGUUUGAGGAGAGCAAGGAAGAAAUCAGCGCACCGGCGGGGAAAGCACAGGAAUGUAGCUUCCGUGUGGUUAUUUCUCAGCCAGAGGACGGGUCUAAUGGAGCAGCAGAAGAAAGCAGUGACAAGUCAGCAGCUGGUGGUCUUGCAGUUCCUGAGAUUGAAAGGAGGUCCGGCAAGGGAGUGGGUCGCUCCCACUCAGAUAUCAGCUCCAGAUACUCCAAAAACUUUGCAGACUUUGAUGCAUUUUUCAAGUUCUGCGGCCUGGACGGCGAGGUGAUCGACUCCUUGGGGAGGGAGAAUUUCUCGGCGCGCUCUGACGACAUCGUAAUAAACAUCAGGAGCGUCAGCCUCUCCACAUCCGACGAUGGCUUCUCCAGGGACAGCGGUGACAACGACGGGCUUCUUGAGGACGAGUUGCACGACAAAAUACGGCAAGGCACAUCGGUUAUCGAGCGCAAUGCCCGUAUCAUCAAAUGGCUGUAUAGUUGCAAAAAUGCUUCGGAGACUGGAAAAACGUUACGGGACCUUAACUGACUGCUCAAUAAAAGCUACAGACGUUUGUUUUUUUUUUUGGCAGAUACUGAAAUGACACUGAUUAACCUCUGACCAUAUAAUAAAUAUCCCCAACUGAGGGGUCAAGACUGUUGGAACAGUCUUAAGCACAACUGACUAAGAUCUGUGGGAUUAAAGGAGCAACUGGUAAUACUGAUACCUAGUAUUGCAAAUUGGAACAAUGUACAAACACAGAAGCCGUACAUGGUGAAAAGCCAUUUCUUAACGAUCCGUUGGUGGUGUGAAACAUUAAAUUUUUACUUCCACAGGA